CCAAACUACCAACGUCUUAUGUAAUUUAUGUGCUGCGUGACACUGAGAUUUGUUAGGCGCUUGUAAUUUAUACAUUAGAUCUUCUACUAUCCGAGGAAGGAUCUUCUUAGGUAGACCAAGACCUAAGCAAGUAAAUAACGAGUUUCGCGGUGCUGCGUUGGCGUUGAUCUUUCUUCCUACCGCUUGUGGACCCCUUCCUGCCGUGGCUGCUGUGUGGUGGUCGUUUUGCUUGUGUUCUAGCAUUCCUCCGUUGUUUUACAGUCCUGUAACGAAAAGCAGCUACUUCCGCUGAACAUAACUGAUGGCGGCCGAGAUAAAGCCAGCACCCAGAAGUGCCAACGAUCGCUUUAGCACCACCAAAAAGCCCGAACUGCUAAGCAAACUCGAGGGAAGUAACGAUGACGUGAACGCCGCGCUGCUGAUUCCGGGCGAGGAGGGUGUUAUCAGCGUUUGUGAUGGCAAAACGAUACGAGUCUGGCAAAAGCGAGAUUCCGGUCAAUACUGGCCCUCCAUUUGCCAGUACAUGCCAUCCGGUUGUACCUCCUUGUGCUACACGUCGGAAACACGUACGCUGUUCAUUGGACAGGACAACGGAACCAUCUCGCAGUUUACUCUCUCGGACGAUUGCAACCGUUUAACGCCAAUCCGAGAAUAUCUGGCCCACCAGGCGCGCAUUACGAACGUCACGUUCGCCAAGCAUACCGGAUGGAUCUUGUCGGCAGGACGGGACAAAUUCUUCGCUUACCACAGCACCGAAACCGGCGAGCGUAUCGGUUGCUACACGUUCGAGGCAAUGUGCACCGCGAUGCAGUACGACGCCUUAUCAAAAUACGUGUUCGUAGGAGACUAUAGCGGGCAGAUAACGAUGUUGAAGCUAAGUGGUACCGGCGCUACGAUGGUUACCACGAUGAAAGGACAUUCGGGGUCGGUGCGUUCGUUGUACUGGGCGGAAGGCCCACAACUUCUGUUCAGUGGCUCACAGGAUCAAUCGGUCAUCGUAUGGGAUGUGGGUGGCAAGCGGGGAACCACGUACGAGCUGCAUGGUCACAACAACAAGGUGUCAGCGCUAUCGUACGGUUCCAACACCCAGCAGCUGAUAUCGGCCGGUGAGGAUUCGGUGAUCGUUUUCUGGGAGAUGAACGCGAUGCGUAAAAUUACGCCGGACUGGGUUGAAUCCGACACCUGUCAACUGUGUACGCGGGCGUUCUUUUGGAAUCUUAGGGCAAUGAUCGAUCAGAAGCAAAUCGGCAUUCGGCAGCACCAUUGCCGCUACUGCGGCAAGGCCGUCUGCGAUAAGUGUUCAAACAAUCGAAUCAACAUACCGAUCAUGGGCUUUGAGUUUGAUGUACGCGUUUGUGAUCAGUGCCACCAGCGACUGAAGAGUGAAGAGCGACCAUCGCUGGCAACAUUCCACGAUGCCAAGCACAGUAUCGUUGCCAUGGAUUUGGAUGAACCACGGAAAAGACUGCUGACCGUUGGCCAGGAUCGUAUCAUCAAAAUCUGGGACCUUUCAUCAAUCUGGGGUUAGUAGCGGGACGGAAGGUAUAUGCAACAGUGCGCCAUCAAUGCGAUGUGCGUGAUAAGACCAAAAACUAAAUCGCAGAGUCGUUUGGAUAACAGGCAAAAAAAAACAAGCAACGAAACACGCUUCGUACGAAAUCAUUCGGUUUUGACCGGUACGUAAGUCGGGUAGGGCGGAAUGAUACGAUGCCCCUUAGCUAGGAGCUACUACUAGUAACCACAUCUUAUUGUUAUUACUGGCGCUCCCCGCCAUUCAAUUGCCCUUCUAGACUCUUGUUUAAUGGUGAAACAAGCCUUUGUUAGGCCCGUGCUACGCGAAGCGUAAAUUCACGCGUAAAUUUACAAAUUAAUGCCAAAACGUUUAUUUUUAACCCUUAAACGCUGUCAAACACAGUGCGUAAGGGUUGAUAUUAAACGUUUUGGCAUUAUUUUUUUCGUUUACGCUAGAGUUUAUGCUCCGUCUGGCAGGGCCUUUACAAUCCUAUUUACACUCUUCGAUUCGAGAUUUUUCUCCUUGCAUUUGGUCCCGUACUAAUUAAAGACCGUUUUUGUUCCGAUGGAACAAUCCCGGCUGCACCAUCUCUCGCUGAGCAGCAUUAAAACAUUUCCAUUUCACCAGUGUAAGCGUGAAUGAUUUAAGUAAGUUCUGUUAUUCCCUAUUAUUGGUACACACUCAGGAUGGCGCGUACUGUGAGAGAAGAAUUUCCUUUCCGUUUCGUUAAAUAAUACCUAAAGACUUCUAGGAGAAGUGCGUCGAAUGCGGAGAUUAACAGCGUCUGAUUCCUGAACCAGGAGGAAUGUUUCGGCGGAUGAAUAUUUACUUUUGGGAGGACCAAAAUAAUCAAUCAAAAAAUGUAUGAAAUCGCCCAAACGGUACCUCCACGGCCCGAAACUCGUCCUUUUGCUCGGCUAAGAUCCACCAAUUUGAACUACAUAAAGAUAGAUUGCCACGGCAGACGGCAGAUUAUUAUUGGUGCUUUUAAUGUUUCUAUGGAUAGCCAACGUCAUCAAAAGCAGCUGCUCAUUCUCUGUUUCGUUGGGUCGAACGUGUAACGUGAGCCAUGCAAAUAUGCUGUUAGGAAAAUGGAAAAAAGCGUCGAAAUUGUACGCCAGAGAACGCCGAUAUGGUCGUUUGCGAGCAUUAUCAUCUAAAAAGUAAAAACACGAGACGAGAGUAGAAAGAUAGGGAGAGUCAUUUCGCGGAGAGUAGAGAGAUUUGGCUUUGGUAUAGAAAACUCUUGUGAAUCAACGUUGUACAUUGUAUAAUCAUAAAUAUAAUUAGCAGCAGGGCGAAGAGAUAUAUUGUUAAAUUUAAUAAUAAAAUUAAUUACUCACUGAACCGCCUCGAAACACUAGUUUGUAGUCUUCCAUCUCUUCUGUAUAUUAACCCCGGUCUUUGUAUGUGAAGCUGUACAUCGUGUCCUAUUGUUAUAAUUAACUGAAAAUGAAUGCAUCAUUGACGUACUCUUCAUCGGGAUCGUCGCUGGAUGCUAGUGGCAGUUUCUGCUCGAAGCUUACGUGCCCCCCUCUUGUAACUAACAAAUUAGUGGCCGCAGUAUAUUCGAAGGAUUGCGGAUCGACGCAUGGAAGUU